AUGAAUAGAGAGGAUUUAGCAAUUUACCCAUAUACUCCAUAAUUUUAGACAAUUUACAAUCCAACUCUAGUACAUCCAAUGAGUGCAUUUGUUUCUAGGUAAUCUAACAGAAAUAAUCAAUUAUAACGAAACAAAUUAAAAAGAAAUGUUGAACAUUAAAAUUAUAAAAGAUAGCACGAUUAAAGACAUUUAUCUUUAGCUAGGGCCUUAUAAAUAGUUUAGUAAUAAUAAAUUGAAUGUAUAAUUAAAUUUAAUAUUUUAGAGUAGAGAAAAGGGUCUUUAUAAAAAGAAGUAACAAUAUGUUUAGCAUAUUCUAAUUCAAAACAUUAAGAUUCGAUUGUUUAAAAAAAAGAUAAAAUUUAAAAUUUAUAAAAUAACUAAUAAGGUACUUAAAUAGAUCCGGUUGAAGAAAAAACAUUAAACAUAAAUGAUUUAAAAAAAACUUUAUCUAAGUAAAAUGGUAGCAAUAAAACCAAAACCUUAUUAAACAACAUUUUAGGAUUGUUAUAUUAAUAAGAAAAUGAAAAAGAAAAUAAAAAUUUUUUUUCUAUUUUAGGAUUGCGUAUCAAGUCAUCCAAAUAAUAAGAAUAAUAGUUUCUAAGAACAAAAGCUUAUUCUUAAGAAAAGGAGAGAGAAUAUCCAAAAUAAUCAAUAGAUAUAAGAGAAAGUAUAAGUCGAUCCGUAUAAAGAAAGAGAGAAUCUCCUUAGAGUUAAAUAAAAAAUAUCUCAUAAUAAAGCAUGAGAAAUAAUUAAAAUUUUAGAUUUUCAUUAAAUGAAUAUUCAAGUUUGAGCAGAGAUUAGCUGUUCUAGACAAAAUUGUUGAAUUAUCAUUACUUUUUAUUUAUUGUAUCAACAUAAAGCAAUUUUUAUGUAGUCCCAUCCGACAAUUAAAUUGAAUUAUAAUUUAAAGUUGGAAAAGGAAAUAACAGUUUAUUAAUUAAGGAGACAUUUAAAUAAAGAUGGUGGUGGACAUUAACUUAGGAAGCAGAAAAUAAAGAAUGUAAUUUUGUUUGGACAUAAAUUAAAGCACCUUCAUACAUGAAUCUAUAAGAAUGGAGUAAGGAAUCCAUUUUAAUUCGCAAAAAAUCUGUAUCUUAUACAUAAACAGAUUUAAAAUAAUCAAAAAAAUAAUAAUCACCUAAAUCAUAAAAAAAAUCUAUAAAAUUUGGAAAAUUUGAUGAUCCUUUACAAAAACUAGUGAGUGACUAGGACGUAAAUGAAUUAAAAACCAUUGAUAAAUCAGUGUAAAGCUUUUAAAAAUACGUUGAAAAAAAAGGACUUAAAACUAUAGAAAAUAUUCAUAAAGUAUAUCAUUUUAAUAGUUUAGAUUCACAAUCAUAUUGAAAGUAAUCACCAUCUCGGUAAUAAGAAGGCUAUGUUUCAUAAUAUGAAAAAAUAUUAUGAAUUAAUAAAGCAAGAUUUAUUUUUGCAUUUACCGAUUACAUUUCAUGUAUCUAGUAUAAAAGAUAAGUCAUACUUAUAGUUUUUGGAAUAUUAUAAAGAAAAGUAUAUUUAAUUAUAUAUAAGAAAGGGAAAUAGUAUAUGGAUUGUAAAGCCAGGAGAAUUCACUAAUAGAGGUAAUGGAAUAAUAGUUUGUUAAAACUUGAAUGAGAUUCAUAGGAUUGUAAGUAAAAGACAAAUCCAUCCAAAUGGAAAACCUUUUACUUAUUUAAUUUAAAAAUAUAUAGAAAAACCUUUUUUAUAUAAUAAAAGGAAGUUUGAUAUUAGAUGCUAUUUUUUGAUAACUUAAUUAAAUAAUGUAAUAAGAGCAUAUUGGUAUGAAGAAGGUUAUUUAAGAACAUCUAGUGAAGAAUUUAAUAUUAAUGAUGUGAGUAAUUAGUAUGUUCAUUUGACGAAUGAUGCAAUAUAGAAAAAUAGUGAAGGUUAUGGAAAAUAUGAAAAUGGAAAUAAAUUAUCUUUUGCUGAGUUUUAAAGAUAUUUAGAUAAAUGGUACAGUAAUGAUCACUUGGAUUUUUAUAGAGAUUUGUAUCCAAAAUUAAAAAUGAUAACUUUAAAUGCUAUAAAAUCAGUUUAUAAUAAGAUAGAGCCAUAUAAAAAGAAUUAUAAUUUUGAAAUAUUUGGAUUAGAUUUUAUGAUUGAUGAAAAAUUUAAACCUUAUUUAAUAGAAAUAAAUACAAAUCCUUGUUUAGAAUUAAGUUCUCCAUUAUUAGGUAGAAUAAUACCAGCAAUGAUAGAAAAUGCAUUUAGGUAAUAUUUUAUUUAUAUAUAUUAAGAUUAUCUAUAGAUACUUUAGUACCACCACCAGAAUAAUCAUAAUGGCCUCCUAAUAAAAAACAUUUACUUUUUUAUGAUAAUAUAUUAGAAAACAAUAGAUUUUAAUUAUUAUUUGAUGAAUAAGAAGAAGGUGAAUAAAUAAAAAACUUGUAUAGUAAUUAAAUAAAUGAUGAUCAAAUUGAUGAAAUGAAUGAAGAAGAAGAAGAAUAUAAAUCAGAUGAUGAUUGA